AAUAAACCUUGUGUAGCCACGCGAAGCUAAAAAUACAAAAUUCUCUCAUUAGCUACUAUACGUGACGAUAACAAAUUUAUCAUUAAAAUCAUCAUCAAAACCUUCAAUAGAUAAGGUGAUAAAGAUCAAUACAUUAUUAAUGCCAAUACUUGGCGACAUUUAGCUGUGCCUCCAUAAUACUUCAAACAAAAUCAUCGCCGAAUUUGCUAAGAGAAAUAAAAAUGAGUAAGAUUAUCACCACUUUGGUGGUGGUUGUUUAUUCGAUCAUUUUUGCAACUAUUGCUGCAAAGGUGCAAUCGAAGGAUGUGAGAAGUGACGAAUGCCGAAUCAACGGAGAAAAUGUGAAGUUUAGCAUUUCAGGAUUGAGUGGUGAAAAGAUUGAUGACAACUACGCAUCAGAAAAAUUAAUUGUUACAUUCCCAACCCAAGGCAUUAAAGCAUUCAAAGUAAAAGAGGAAUCAAAAUGGCUGACGUUUAACUAUGCUGAUAAAGAUAACACUCUGAGUAUCUCCACCACUGCAGAUUUUAAAAACUACGAAGAAGAAGUCGUUGGUAAUAGAAUUGAAGUGGUCCUGAGCGUUGUUUGCCCGGAUGACGAAGAAUACGAUAUUACUUAUUAUCAAAAACUUAACGACCUCAAUACUUACGCACCCACUUGGAAUCAGGAUGAAUAUGUGUUUGAAAUGUACGGCAACAUUCCAAAAGAUUUCCGUUUAAACGAUCUCAUGAAGAUAUCAACUACUGAUAAGGAUUGCUCACCGGAUCGCCUGGAAUUCUCUAUUGAGAGUGACAACAACAAAAAAGGUGGAUGCAUUAAGCAUUCAAAGAGGAGACGUAGAAGGAAAAGAAACGUAUGUCAUCUUGUAUGCAACGAAAGAAAUUGAAUCAGGAAUCGACGAUACCUAUACAAUCCGUGUUAAGGAUCGUCACUCUGAUGAUGAUUCUAAAGAAACCACUGCAAAGUUAAUCAUUCGCCUGCAUGAAAACGAAAUGAACUUUGAGUUUACAAAACCAGAGUACAACUUUCAAGUGAUUGACGAUAAAAUCGUUUCGGAAGAUACCAUCGAGUUAGUUGAAGGCCUCGACCAUGAUAUUGAUGUUACAAUUGAAGAUUCAGAAUUUUCCAAGUACUUCUCCGUUGAAUUGGACUAUUUGACCGGAAGUAUUAAGUUGAUACUAAAGGAAUCACUACCGGAAGCACCGAAACAUGCUUAUAGUAACACUGAUUUUUCUCUAACGUUGAAAGCAACAUGGCAGAAACGCGAGAUUAAAACUAUACUGAAGAUUACAAGCGAUAAAGAACUUGAGAUCGUCUGUUAUGUACCAGUUCUUGAUAUUAACAAGAAAUCUUUCGACAAUCUGGAAAGAAUGGAUGAUGUUUUCGAAGGCACAUUUUUCAAUAUUUCAAACAUCAAGAACGUGGCGUCAAUGGAUUGCCAGAGUAAUAAAUACAUCACUUGUAAUUUUGCCAACGGCGAAUUUAAAAUGUCUACGACCGAAGAGUAUAAAAACUACGAAGAUAAUGAAUUUGAAGAUAUCAUCAAGAUGAAUAUCACGAUCAAGUGUCCCUAUGAUACCAAAACACUGGAAUUUAGACAAAGGAUUCGCGACACUAAUAACCACGUUCCUGAAUUUCCUAAAGACGCUGACUACACCUUUUCUUUCUACAAUAGAAUUCCAGAAAAUUUUGAAAUUACGUUGAUGCGAGAUAUAACUGUCACCGAGAAAGACCUAACAACCACGGAUUGCAAUUUCAAACUGCCAGAUCAAGAAUUAUUCUCAGUGAGGCGGGCUGACGUUGAAGGAAAAGUAUGCAAAGCAAAAAUUAUCAGUUUGAAAGCAAUUGAUGCUGAAUUUGACGAAACCUUCCGCCUAACAGUAGAUGAUGGUGAUGAUGAAAGCAUGUCAGAAGUAGAUAUACACAUCAAAGUGACCAAGGACGAAAGUGACCAGCCUUUAUUCACUGAAGCUGAAUAUUUCCUGAAAGCGUUUGAAGACAAUGGUAAAACAUUGCAAACGUACGAAGGAUACGAAGCACCUAAUUUGAAAAACGGCAUGGAUUCAGAGAUCACGUUUGAAAUUUUUGAUGAGAAUUUAAAAGAUAAAUUUGCAAUAACAGCAAAUAAACUUACUGGUAAACCGGAAGUCACAAUGAAAGUAACCGGACUGGACUUAUGUGAUAAUUGCCCAACGUUUACAUUCCCGAUUAAAGCCAAGUGGAGGCAAUUAGAAGCAGAGACAAAAGUGACGAUUGUUUUUAGUAAAGAUUUUCAACCUCCCACUACUACCCCGGCAACUACGACUGCUGAAACUCCAACUAGCACACCUGUCGGUGGUCCAGGCGGUGACCUGCACGGUUUUAGUGCUUUCAUGCUGUCCUCGCUUCUCGGUGUCAUCAUGAUGUUUGUUGUUUCAUUUGUGGGACUGGCCGCCAUGUUGUAUAUCAUCCGCAAACGUUUCUUCGUUGAAAGCAAGCCGAACGCUGCCCCACUUCCGGAGAAACUGCCCAUAUAAAUGUUAAUUCUUAAUACCUAUGUUAUUACUUAAAAUAUAUCCAAUUUAAUAAACAGCAACUACAAAAAUA